AAAAGCUGGCUGUCGGCAGAGGAGGAAAGUGACUCAUUUGUGUCCAAUUCUUUCUCCAUGGAUUUGAAGGAAAGUACCAGCGAGGGAAGUCUGGGGAGCCUCCAGCCCACCAGCCUCCAGAUUUUUGCCAACACCUCAACCCUACAUGGAAUCCGACACAUCUUUGUCUAUGGACCUAUGACUAUCCGCCGGGCCCUGUGGGCUCUAGCAUUCAUAGCUUCCCUGGGCAUUCUCUUGGUGGAGAGCUCUGAGCGGGUGAUCUACUACUUCUCCUACCAGCACGUCACCAAGGUGGACGAGGUCGUUGCCAACAACUUGGUCUUCCCAGCUGUCACCAUCUGCAACCUUAAUGGGUUCCGCUUCUCCCGCCUCACCACGAACGACUUGUACCAUGCUGGUGAUCUUUUGGCCUUGCUGGAUGUCAACCUGCAGAUCCUUCACCCUCACCUCGCCGACCCGGCAGUCCUGGCCACCCUUCGAGAAAAGACUAACUUUCAGCACCACCGGGCCAAAGUGUUUAGUAUGAGUGAGUUCCUGGGGCGUGUGGGCCAUGACAUGAAGGAGAUGUUGUUGUACUGCAAGUACCGAGGACAGGAGUGCAGCCACAAGAACUUCACCACUGUUUUUACGAAAUAUGGGAAGUGCUACAUGUUUAACUCAGGAGAAGAUGGGCAUCCUCUGUUGACUACAUUCAAGGGUGGGACAGGCAAUGGUCUGGAGAUAAUGCUAGAUAUUCAGCAGGAUGAGUACUUGCCAAUAUGGGGAGAAACAGAUGAAACAACUUUUGAAGCUGGAGUCAAAGUGCAGAUUCACAGUCAGUCUGAGCCACCGUUUGUUCAGGAGCUUGGGUUUGGCGUGGCACCUGGGUUCCAGACUUUUGUAGCCACGCAAGAGCAAAGGCUGACGUACCUUCCGCCUCCGUGGGGCGAGUGCCGCUCAUCAGACUUCGGCCUGGAUUUCUUUCCCAUUUACAGCAUCACUGCUUGCAGGAUUGAUUGUGAGACCCGAUAUGUGGUGGAGAACUGCAACUGCAAAAUGGUUCAUAUGCCAGGAGAUGCUCCAUUCUGCACACCAGAGCAAUAUAAAGAGUGUGCAGAACCUGCACUUGUGGUUCUUGGUGAAAAGGACAGCGGUUAUUGUGUGUGUCAAACGCCAUGCAACUUGACACGUUACAACAAGGAGCUCUCUAUGGUGAAGAUCCCCAGCAAGACCUCAGCCAAAUACCUAGAGAAGAAGUUCAAUAAAUCAGAAAAAUAUAUAUCUGAGAAUAUCCUUGUAUUGGAUAUAUUUUUUGAAGCCCUCAAUUAUGAGACUAUUGAGCAGAAGAAAGCAUAUGAAGUAGCAGCUUUACUGCGUGAUAUUGGAGGUCAGAUGGGCCUUUUUAUUGGUGCUAGUAUCCUCACCAUUCUGGAAAUAUUUGAUUAUAUUUAUGAGCUGCUCAAGGAGAAAUUGUUAGACCUCCUUGGCCAGGAGGAGGAGGAAGGAAGCCACGAUGAGAAUGUGAGCACGUGUGAGCCCUUGCCAAAUCACUCUGAUCCCAUCAGCCACACUGUGACAGUCCCCCUGCAGACAACGCUUGGGACGCUGGAAGAGAUUGCGUGCUGACCGCAUCCCCUCGGCACUAUCGAUGACCAAAUGGCAGAAACUCCCUCCCCGAAAGCCAGGGAAUCCUGCUCAGGUUCACCGCAUGGGGUAGGGGAAAUGACAGAGGAAUUCGCUAUGCAUUCAACUGUUCUCUUUUUCUCUCUUCUUGCCAAAAUCCAGCAAGGGACACCUUGGACUCAACUGCAUCACCCUCUGCACAUAGGGAUGGGAGGAGAGGAGGGGGAAGGGCGAGGCUCUCUCCACCAGCGGAAGCUGCGUCUCAAUUUUUGAACUGUACAGACCCAGUGACCACGGAACCAUCUUUUCAUAAAGACUGCUGAUGACUGUACAAAAGAAGCCUGCAUGCCAGUCCUUUUGAUGGCAAUACCUCCCUCUUUUUCUUUAUAAGCCGUGUCUCUGUCUUAAUUGUUUUUUUUUCCCCCACAACAGAAGAGAAGAUCACGGCACAACUGAUCCCCUCCCCUGACAAAACAAAAAGAGAGUUCACCCAUUACUUAAGAGCACCAUAGGUUGAGUUGACAGGGGUGUGUGUGUGGAGCGGGGGAAGCAGAGGUCCGACUCGAAAGGCCAUCAUUUCCCUUUUCUUUUUUUUUGUCUAAAUGUGCAACAGCGAAGUUUCGAAAUCCAGCUGGGAGGCCCUUGGAUAGGGCAGCUCAUUGGCAGCUAAGGUGAGCGGGCUCAAGCCAAGUGUCUUGCCUCAUUUACUGCCACUCACAGACCACCAUCACCAUACCUCCUCCUGCACAGGCACCCACAAACGCACCAGCCCUGCUGGCACUCAUCAGCCACAGCUACUGUCUCCAUUCAGACUGGCGUGUCAUACAGUGUGUGUGGUCUCAGGAUUUGGGAUGGGGGAGGCUGGGAUCAAGGGCCAAGCUGGCCUAGCCUGCUUCCUCAUUCUGAACAGUGCUAUUAAAGGUGGUUGUGUGGAAGAGGAUGGCUUGUGUCAUUUCUACUUAUUUCAACCUCCAGAGACGUUUGACCAGAUCUUGUGGGGAGGGACGUUUUCUGUUCCAGAAUUAUACACAUGUAACAAAUGUUUCCUUAAUUCCCCCAAAAUAGGACUGGCCAAACUGGGCAGCAGUGUCAAUAUCCCACACACACACAACUGUCCUUCUAAGUGCUCUGACCAGUCCCUCUGCCGGCAGACAAAGAUCGGUGUGCUGCUGUUCCCGCAUCCCUCCUCAAUCUAGCCUAAUGCACUGAGGUGUGGUAUGAAGGAUGUCCCCCUCCCUUGCCAUGUUGAAAUAAAAUCUAAUUGCCAAUCCAGUUGGCUUCU